UUUUUUUUUCUCGUUCGGAAUCCAGUACUCUACUCCAUUAAUUCAUGCUGAUUAUUUUUCCAUGGUUACAGCAGCUGAAGCCUGUUUAAAUUGUGUUAUCGUUCACUUUUAUUUGCAUUUAGUUUUCUUUCCGUUGUUAUCUACGACUAUUAAUACGCGGUUGCCGACCGGUAUAUUUAUUGUACUUAUCUAUUCUGCCGGUCACUGGUCACUGAACUCGGCACUUUAGCUUUAGCGUGGUGCGCACCGUCUCUUACGAUUUGAUACAUUGGGAACAUUGCAAAAAUUCGGUGCACCCUUUGGCAUUUUUGGUGUUCAGUGAUAUAAUUUUAAGAGUGAUACUCGCUCUUAAGUUGGUCGAUAAUAAUACAAUUAUUAUGGUUUAUGUUAAUUUCAGUCCUCAUCAGUGCCGCAAGAUGAUCAAGUCCAUUACGUUUUCGUCGUGGAAAUGCACAUUUAACAAAUUCUGGAAAUUGUCCAAUUUGCGACGUACAAUGAGCACCAAACUGGAACCCAUCAAAAUGUCUUAUACGUCGUAUGAAUCUGCAGCAGAUGGUGGACAAAAACCACCUAUUAUCAUCAUGCAUGGUCUUUUUGGCUGUAAAUCCAAUUGGAACAGUCUUUCCAAAACCUUACAUAACAUGACUCGAAGAAAAGUUUGUAUUACAUGCACACAUAAAUAUAAGCGUAUGCAGAUGGUCUUGCCAGGGGAGGCACUGAUUUUUGAAACCACUCAUUGCAUAAAAUCAUGUAUGACAUUGGUUAUUAUGUUUUAAGACGCACAUUUUUCGAUCAAUAGAUUACCUUAAAACAUUGUCUGACCUAUCCACUUGUGCGGUAAGGUAAAUAGGAACUAAUCUUUUUUCAAGUAACGCACAAUAAAAUUGUCUAAAUAAUAAUUUGAGAAAAUACAAUAUUAACAUUUAGACUUUAAUGAUAGUAAAAUAUUAAUAUCCAUAGAAAUGCUAAAUGUUUCGAAAAUAAUUAAAAUGCAAAUGAUUAAAAAGUUUUCGAGAGGUAGCAGCCUCCCGUGGUUCCCAUGUGUGCACGCUUAUGUUCAUACCAUAUACUACUAAUACUAGGUUUCCACAUGCUUGUUAAUGUUUGCAAGUAAACCAUAUUAAUAUUGUAGCACCAUUGGAAUUGUCCAACUUUUUCUACACUACUUGUGCCACCAGUGACGUGGUGAACUUUUUUUUUUAUCUACGAGGUCAAUACAAUUCGGGAGACUCACCAACUAUAAAAAAAGUAGUAUUUUUUUUAGCGGGUUACAGGAGUCUUGCUUCUAUUUUUUCAUAGAUAACAUUUUGAUUGAACGACAUAGGAGCCUUCUUCACACAGUUGACGUCGUCUUGGUAAAAUGUCACAAUAAUAACAAUUUUUUUUGUUAGGUAUCAUAGAUAUUUACCUCGUUUAAAAAUCAAAAAAAAAAAAAUCAAUAAUUUUUAAUUGUCAUGUAUAUUAUAAGUAUAAUACUAGUCAAUUUUAAAAUCCAUAUCUUACACUUUUAAUUUUGGACUUUAAUUUUGUGCCGUGGUUCAAUUAAAAAUAUAGUGACUGCAGUUUAGCGCCCUUCUAAUGUUUAUGAACACCUACCAAAAUAUUUAUGAUAUGUAAGUAAUUCGAUUUAACUCCUGAUUAAAUCAUAUGCUAAAAUCAUUUAGAAGUAUAAUGCAGUUCCACCAAAAUUAUUCUCCAUAUAUUUAUGUUAUACAUACAACUAUACCGAUUAAAUAUUGUAUAGGUCUAGAGUAUUAUUCACUUUAAUUUCCCUGUAUAAUCAUUAAUGUAGAUUAUGUAUAGGUGGUAGGUACAUGUACAAUCAUACAAGUCAUGAGCCACCCAAACCACCCACACACCCACUGCCAAAAUUCAGAGGCCACGGCUUCUACAGAAUUCUUUCACCACGCCACUGUGUGCCACAAGAAAAUGCAUGUGUACACAUAGCAUAAGUUAUUUUGUCAGUAUGUAUUUUUCAUUUAAUCCAAUUUUUUAAAUUUGCCAUCAAAUUUAUUAAUCUAUUAGAAACUUGAUUGAUUUAAUUCAUUUUUGAUAAAAUGUGAAAUUAACUUGAGAAUUAGAAUUUGAAUCAACUGUUUCCUAGGAUGCCUUUGAAAUCAACAACUGGGUUUACUUUCAUUUUAAAUUAUAAUACUGGUAUUGUUGUUGUAUUAUUUCAGAUUUCUUUGACAAAUUUUCCUGUAUAUUAUAUUUACAUAGUAUAAAUAAUAUCUAAUUAUAUUAAUUAAAUAGAUAGGAUAAGAUACCAUAAGGUAUAAAUAUACAAAAGAUAGUUACAGAGUCAUGGGUGUAGCAGAACAAACAAGAGAGAAAUGAUUCAAGUGGUAUGGAUAAGUUGAAAAAAGGAAAACAAUGAGAUAGGCAAGACAAUAGGAGAAUUGAGAAGAACAGAUAUAAACAAGAGAAAAGAUAGACCAAAAAAAAAAUGUUUAAACUAUAUGCAUAAAACCAUACAAAAUGUUCUACAUCCGGUCUUGGAUGUUAAAAGUUUUUAUUCAACCUAAAUGUCACAGUUUAAUAAGUCUACAUAAGAAAUUUGUAUCCGACAAAUUACUAAUAAAAAUAUGUAUUAUAAGUUAUGCUUAUAGUAUAGUAUAAAUUAUUUAGUGGCUUUUUGAACUAAUUAAAUCAAAUGUUUAGAGAAUUAACAUAAUACACCUUAUUUAAGGUGUACAAUGUUAAUAUUUUCCAAAUCAUAAUUCAUAGGUUUUUUAUUCAUAUGAACACAUUCAUCAAACACAAAAAAAUAGUACAAUUGUGGAGUAACAUAUUAAGAUUAUAAAGGUUAAACUAUUAAACCUUGAACUUCAAUUAACAAUUAGAUUAUUUGAAUAAGAAUUAUAAUAAAUUAUCUGAUUAGUUUUCUAUUAAUGAUGGCUUGCAUGUUAUUAAAAAGAAAAAAAAUCUUGUAAUAAUAAAACUUUUUUUUUUUUUUUUUUUAACGUAUAGUGCUGUGUAUUAUGCUAACCAGUCUCUGGGCCACUUACGCUGGAGUCUCCUUACCGUAUUACCCGGAAGGGAGUGUGAUGAAAGAUCUUUAAUGAGGGGAUUGGUGUGAUUUUGUAGCCUGUUGUGGAAUUUAAAGUAGUGAUUUUUUGUGACUUCAUUGACAUACGGUAUGUUCAGGUCUGAGUGUAGAGUUUCAUUCGAGAUGUACAGAGGGGCGUUAGUGAUGAGAUGGAGAGUUUUUGAUUGGACUACUUGAAUUUUGUUUAUGUUUGUUUUUUUAGCAGCUCCCCAUAGCUGAAUUCCAUAUGUCUAAAUGGGUUUUAUUAGUAGUUUGUACAAGUUAAUUUUUGAUUUUAGGUUGAGCUUUGAGGUUUUGCCCAUAGUGCUACGGAGAAUAGAGAGUCUUUGAUUUAGUUUUAGUUUGGUUCUGUGAAUGUGUUUGGACCAGUUGAGUUUUUUUGUCAAAGUAUAAUCCUAAAUAUUUAACCGUGUCCGAAUUAGGGAUUAUUUCGUUAUUUAGUGAUACUGGAGGGGGUUGUUGCAUUUUGAGGGUAAAUGUGGUAUUGACUGAUUUAGAUUCGUUUAUUUUUAUGUGCCAUUGGAAGUACCAAGGAGAAAGUAGGUCAAGAUGUUUUUGUAGUGAUGACAAGACAGUUGAGGGGGUCAGUGUGAGUGGAAUAAAUAACUUUAUCAUUUGCGUAUUCGGCAACUGAUGUAUCAGGAUGUGUUGGUUGAUCUGCGGUGUAUAAGUUAUAUAGUGUGGGAGAUAGAACUGCACCUUGUGGUACACCAGCUAGGAUCAGAGAGAUGUUAGAGAUUUCUAAACCUGAGCUGACUACAAAGGAACGUUCGUUUAAAUAAGAUUUUAGAAGAAGGUAGUAAGAAGGAGGUAGGAUUUUUUUUAAUUUGUAUAAUAAUAAAACUAAUAGUAAAAAAAAAAACCGAAAAUUAGAAAUAAAGUGUAAUAUACAAUAAUUUAAACAAUAUUAUAAUGUGUUAUGUAUACAGGGUGUCCUACAAUGAUCUGCUACUUGAAAUAACUUUUGUUUAUUUUAUGGAUUAGAAUUAGAUAUGUAAUAUUAUACAAAUCUGACUUCAAAUUAUAUUUAUACUUUAUUUUAUUAUUAUUCAAAGAUAAUUACUGUGGACGCAAGAAAUCAUGGAGACUCACCACAUACUGCAGAACAAUCAUAUCCGCUCAUGGCUGAAGAUAUUAAAUUUUUAAUGGAAGACUUGUCUGUAAAAAAAGCUUCAUUAGUUGGUCAUAGCAUGGGUGGGAGAGCGAUGAUGUAUUUUUCAGUCGUCUAUGUAAGGUUCGUUUUAAUAAUUCUAUUUAAAUUAUUUUCAUUUCAGCUAUUAAAAUAACCAGUAAAUAAUAUAUUUAUAGCCAGAACUUGUGGAAUCCUUAAUAUCAGUUGAUAUAUCACCAGUUAACAAUGAAGAAAUAAAUAAUAUCCAGAGCAUUAUAGAUAUUAUAAGAAGUAUUAAUUUAGAUAUUAAUGCACCAAUAUCAAAAGUACGACAAUUUGCAGAUGAACAAAUGAAAAAUUCGAUUGAGGUACAUUAAGUUAAAAUUAUUAUUAAUAAACAGUGAAAUUAACUUAUGGUAAAAGUUUUUAUUAUUCCAGGUGAUAAUACCAUUUUAGUGGGUACACUCAUUAUCUUUGAAAUUAUUAAUUUUUUUCAGAAUUUGUAUUCUAGAACAUUUAAGAAACAAGCUGCUCUACAAUUUUAUAUUUAUGUUAUUUUUUUGUCACCUUUAUUUUAGAGGGCAAUAAAACCACUAUCUAGUUUUAAUUUUCAAAGGGUAACCUAUAUUAAAAAUUCCAUAAAAAGUAUUAGUUAAAAUACAUUUUAGUGUUGACAUUUUUGAUUUCCGUCAAUCUGUUAAAGAUAUAUUCCACUCUAAGUUUGGAUUGGCGGAGAGUAGUGGAAUAUUAUUUGUGUGGCGGUACGGUGCAUCGUGUGUUAAUAAUGCACCACUACUCUCCUCUAACUCAAACUUAAAAGUAGAAUAUAUCAUUAACGGAGUGAGGAAAAUCAAAAAUAUCAACACUAAAAUUUAUUUUAUCUAAUACUCCAUCUAUUUGUAGAAUUUUUAAUAUAGGUUACCAUUUGAAAAUAAAAAGUAGGUAAUGGUUUUACACCCAAAAAUAAGGGUGACAAAAAAUUGUAUAAAAUUGUAGAUUUGCUUGUUUCUAAAAUGUUCUAGAAAACAAAAUCUGCAAAAAGUUUGUAAUAUUCGAGAUAAUGAGUGUAUCCACAUAAAUGGAUCAUCUGGUUUAUCAAUAAAUUAACAAUUUAUUGAUUGUUGCUAUAAUAGUUAUUAUUAAUUUGAGUUUAAAAAGAAAGAGAUUCUUGACAUGAGUUUGUAUUAUAAUUUGCAGAGUCCAAUGCUCAGGCAGUUCCUGCUAACUAACUUGAUACAAGUGGACAACAGUUACCGAUGGCGCAUAAAUGUGGAGUCUAUUAAUGUUAAUUUUAAAAAUAACCUUGCUCUGUUUCCACCUGUGCAAUCUAUGUUUCAUGGGCCAACAUAUUUCAUAGCCGGGGGGAAUUCAACAUUCUUGAAGCCAGCCCAUCACGAGAUUAUCAAACAGAGUAUGUUUCCUUUAGCCAAAUUUGAAUAUAUACCCGACGCCGGCCACUGGUUACAUGCGGAAAAACCUACAGAGUUUUUGAAAUUAGUUUCUCAGUUUUUAACUACAGUGUAAAAUUAUAAUGUUUUCUAUUUAAUUCUUGAUGUAAAUAUUAAGUAUAAUACACAGCACAAAGUUUUAAUAAGACUUACACUAUUUAAUAUUGGACAUGCCUUUAUUUUAGAUACAACUUGAAUUAAUGUUUCUUUUAAUUCUGGUAAAUUAUAUUAUUGUUUUUAUGUUAUGGUAUAAUAAAUGUUCAUAUUAAUUAUUUUAUAUUAUUUAAUGUCAUAUUCCAAUUUUGGUGGAUAAUUCUUGUAGUUUUGUACUAUUUAAUUACCUAA